UCCGUUAAGUCGGUAAGUUAAGUCCGCGGAAUACCAAAGAAAACAUGAAGUGUGCUAUUGCCUUGUGCCUGUUGUUGGCCACCAGUGGCUUUGCCCUGGUUCCCAAACAUCCCGCCGAUUUGGCAACCAUGUUGGCCCGCCAGCAGUUCGCCGUGCGCACCUUGAUGGCCGCUCCAGAGGCCCGGGAUGACUCGACGUUGGUCAACGAUUGCUUUAACCACUACAUGGAGGACCAGACCAGUGCGAUUAUGGACUACAAUGUUCAGUACACCGGAUGUUAUAGGACCUUCGAAAGUGGUCGGGAAGAGCUCACCAACGAGAGUGCCUCGGAGCGGCAAAACCUUCUGGAUCGCACCAAUGCCAUGUGCAGCCGCCUAACCGGAUGCGAUAUUAACAUAGAUGGUUUGGACUUCUUCCAAUGUUACAGCACUGCCUCUUCCGACAGCUACAAGGUGAUGUUUACCUUGAACAGUGAUUCCAACCUGGACUAUACCCGCAUCAGCGCCAAGUACCAAGUGAUCGAAAAUGAUUUAUCCACCUGUGUGGAUGUAGCUCGUGCAAGCUAUGCCCACGACAUGGAUACGUGCGACGAGAACCUGACUAUCUGUUUAGCCGGUUCAGUUGCUACCACUACUACUCCUGCUGCUGUGCCUACCACCACCACUACUACCACUGAACCUACCACCACCACUACUACUCCUGCUGCUGUGCCUACCACCACCACUACUACCACUGAACCCACCACCACCACUCCUACCACCACCACUACUACUCCUGAGCCUACGACUACCACUACUACUCCUGAGCCUACGACUACCACUACUACUCCUGAGCCUACCACCACCACUACUACUCCUGAGCCUACCACCACCACUACUACUCCUGAGCCUACCACCACCACUACUACUCCUGAGCCUACUACCACCACUACUACUCCUGAACCCACCACCACCACUACUACUCCUGAACCCACCACCACCACUACUACUCCUGAUCCCACCACCACCACUACUACUCCUGAACCCACCACCACCACUUCCGAGCGUCCACCUGAGGAGGAUAUUGGCAGAUCUGCCUUCCUGGCUCAGAAGGGAGCCUGGGGCCUGUUCAAGCGCUUCUUCUAA